CAGGAUGGUCUGCUGCCCAAUGGAGGUUACUUGACGAUGGCUCCACAGUCAGCAACAGAGAGUACCAGCUUCCCUAGGUCAGCAAGAUCGCAAAGACGUUUGUCGCAAACGUCCUUACCUCCCCCGGGUGGCUACACCGUUGCCCAAAUAUUUCAAUUUUGUGCUUGGAGGCCCCUUGAGAAUGAAAUUCCUCCAAGACUGAACGAAACGCAGCCGCUGAGCCUGUUUUGGUAUGCAGAUCAACACUUGACGAAAUCUGUCAUAUCAUUGCAAAAAGUUCGUGACACAAAUUCAGAGAAAUUCAAGAGGCGGAAUGAGAGAGUUCAUCAUGCCCAGCGCUUAUUCCUUGAGACAAUAUACCUUAUCUAUAUGGACAUGGAUGAAGACCUGAAAACGUCCCGAGACUAUCGGACCCGCUUACCGCCAGAAGAUCAAAGAGAGUUAGAAGGGGGCUUCAGCGAAAAUAUUCUAUUUGCUUGCCAAGCAUUGAGUAGAGGGUUCCGCAUCCGAGGAAUUGAGCACUUUACCCAAGAGCUUGUAGAACCAGCAAGACAAUUGCACGCUGCAAUGGACGCUCUUCGGUUCGCGUUUCGUACCAGGGCGCUGACAUGCUCGUCAUCUCCAUAUCUUGACCUGUACCCCGUCCUAAAAGACUUUGAUCAAGCAUGGGCAGCAUUCGAAGAAAAAAUUUGUUUUUGCUACUUUUCCGUUUCGUAUCAUGGUCGACCGGGACGGUUUGACGAUCUGGACAUGUUCCAAGUUCUAAUGAGCGAGACGAUUCUAAGAUCUGUUCAACGUGGCUACAUAGCAUGGAAUCAAAUUCACACGUUUGAUCCCAUCGUAAUUGUCGCGAUUCCCAGGCUGUGCAUGGUUGCUGGCUUGCAUCACAUGCCGGACUGCGUUAGUCUUCUUCGCGGUGAACAUGGGUUUCGAUGGUUCCGCUCAAAAGAGCCCAUUUUGCAGCGCAUUCGCACUCAUUUACAGCUGCUCGAUGACUCCAGCAUCACCCUUCUGGAGAAAAUGUUGGUAGAUUCCGAUCUAGCGACGGAAGUACAAAAGCACAGUACCCCCUCGGCUGAAGAGCAUGUUUCUCCAGCGGCGGAGGAAAGGGCGCUGGACGCUGCGCAUACGCUCAAUUCGGAAAGUGAAAUAACAGAGGAAACUCCUCCUACCACUGAAAAGAGAGCACGCUUUAUGCCCGCUAUCCAGACUUGCUCGGCGAAAUUGCGACCGGAUCUGGGAUUGCAUUGGCUUUUUAGAGACAUAUGUAGUGUCGCAGAUGAUUUGCAGAGUGGUCCCCAUGCGAGGGACUUUGUUGCGCUCAUGCAUAGGGUCUUCAGCAUGCACGCUGAGGAUGGUGAUCCAAAAGGCAAAGGCAACACAGUAGGAGCAAGGGGUGCGGACACGAUCUGAAAUGAAAGGGGGACUGGAGCAUGAAACCUCGGGGAGCAUGUAGUUAUCUGAACAUUAGAAUGUACAUUAACUCUCAAUCGUUGCGACAAACGCGCACUCAAGCGAUGAGCUACAAGGACCGUUGAGGGUGGGCUGAUUUCUUCUAAUGUGCUCUUUUGCUCUUAAUUACAGGGAACUACAAUAUUCU